AUGGGUGAAGUGAGUAUAUCUAUCUCUGGAAUUUGCUCUAUUUGGUCAGUAACUGGAAGGCUCGCGCGCAAGUUCUCAUUGCUGAAGGAAGAUCCCCUCUCGAGGAUCCAGAGAGAAAUUUACGAGGUGACAGAAAGAGAGAAGGAAUUUAAAGAAGGUCAUUUUAGAAUAAACAGGCUGAUGUCGGAAUCUACUCUUGACGUUACCCAUCAGAAUGGCUACGUUAACGGUAAUGGUUUAGACAAACCUCCAAAAAUCCUUAGUAGAGCGGUUUCUACCUCACAGUUGUUGGGACCGAUAGCACCUUCUCUCCCCACAACGACCACAUUACUAAAUACUAAUGGUUACACUCGUAGAUUUACGCCUCAGUCUGGAACAAAAGGCUUAAUGCAAAGGUUUAUUGCAAAUAAAGGGAAACUGCCCGUUACUUCUCCCGUAGGACCUCCUUCUCCUGCACCGCUAGCAACAACGCUUACCUUCCCAGCUCCCAUCGAUCCGGUUUCUCCGACUACCGCUUCGGCUGUCGUCACUCGGACACCCGAGGGUAAGCCCGUUAGAAAAGGCUACGUUCCAGUAGAAGAGAAAAUACAAAAAGAGCUACAAGAAAUGAAAAACAGAGAACAUGAACUGAAGAAGAUGAGAAAGAAACAGAAGCCAUUCGACUUAGAACUGAGUGAUAAUGAAACAACUUCAGAAUCUGAGGAUGAAGAAAUUCCCAUGCCGGGCAAGUUGAAGGCGACUAAAUCGAUCGGUGAAUUAUAUGAAGCCUUGAAUGAGGAGCUGAGGUCGCCCUCGCCUAGGAAUAGCUCCGGGCACGAUUCGCUGGGCAGCUUGAAGCCGGCUAAGUCCCUAGCCGAGCUGUGUGAACUAGGUCCCGGUCAAGAGUUCCUAGCGCCUAGCUCUACGCGGCUCAUAGCCCAGUGGGAGUCUAUAAUCCAGCAAAAGCAAGAGGCGGGCGCCGCUUAG